AUGGAUUCAGGAAACCAGACCUUCUACUUUGACUUUAUCCUUCUGGGAAUUUUCAAUCACAGUCCCACCCACGUCUUCCUUUUUUCCCUGGUCUUGGGCAUCUUUACAGUGGCCUUCAUGGAAAAUACUACAAUGGUUCUUAUCAUAUACCUGAACACCCACCUCCACACCCCCAUGUACUUCUUCCUCAGCCAACUCUCCCUCAUGGACCUGAUGCUCAUAUGCACCACAGUGCCCAAGAUGGCCUUCAACUACGUGUCUGGCAGGAACUCUAUCUCUCUGGUGGGUUGUGGAACCCAGAUCUUCUUUUAUGUGUCUCUGCUUGGCGCUGAAUGUUUCUUGUUGGCUGUCAUGGCCUAUGACCGCUAUGUGGCUAUAUGCCACCCUCUUCGAUACAGCAUCCUCAUGAAUCAAAAACUUGGCAUGCGUUUAACUGUGGCUUCCUGGAUCCUAGGCUCUCUCGAUGGCAUCAUCGUGCUUGCAGCUGCCCUGUCUUUCUCUUACUGCAGCUCUCGGGAAAUCCACCACUUUUUCUGUGAUGUUGCUGCCCUUCUGCCUCUAUCUUGCACAGACACCUCCACAUUUGAACAACUGCUAUUCAUUUGUUGUGUGGUGAUGCUAAUCUUGCCAGUCUCUGUUAUCAUCAUUUCAUAUUCCCAUGUCCUGAGAGCUGUGAUCCACAUGGGCUCUGGGGAAAGUCACCGUAAGGCUUUUACCACCUGUUCCUCUCACUUGUCUGUCGUUGGACUCUACUAUGGUGCUGCCAUGUUCAUGUAUAUGAGGCCAGCCUCCAACCAUACACCAAACCAGGACAAGAUGGUGUCAGCCUUUUACACUAUCCUAACCCCCAUGUUGAACCCGCUCAUCUACAGCCUUCGUAACAAAGAGGUGUCCCGGGGCCUAAAAAAGUUAUUAAGGAAAGGAAAGUUAAUGUGA